AUGGAAAGAUAUGAGAUAUUGAAAGACAUAGGUUCUGGUAACUUUGGUGUGGCUAAGCUUGUUAGAGAUAAAGUAAGUGGUGAACUAUAUGCAGUCAAAUACAUUGAGAGAGGAAAUAAGAUUGAUGAGCAUGUGCAGAGGGAGAUUAUGAACCACAGAUCUUUGAAUCACCCCAAUAUUAUCAAAUUCAAGGAGGUCUUGCUAACCCCGACUCAUCUAGCCAUAGUAAUGGAAUAUGCAUCGGGCGGUGAGCUUUUCGCACGAAUAUGCAAUGCCGGGAGAUUUAGUGAAGAUGAGGCAAGGUUUUUCUUUCAACAGCUGAUAUCCGGAGUCAGUUACUGUCAUUCCAUGCAAAUUUGCCACAGAGAUCUGAAGCUCGAAAACACGUUGCUGGACGGAAGCCCAACGCCACGCCUCAAAAUUUGCGACUUUGGUUACUCUAAGUCAUCGGUAUUACAUUCUCAACCGAAAUCAACUGUGGGAACACCUGCUUAUAUUGCGCCGGAGGUUUUAUCAAGGAAAGAGUAUGACGGCAAGAUUGCAGAUGUUUGGUCAUGUGGGGUCACAUUAUACGUGAUGUUAGUAGGCGCGUACCCAUUUGAAGAUCCUGACGACCCGAGAAAUUUCAAGAAAACAAUCAAUAGAAUACUCAGCGUUCACUAUUCAAUCCCGGAUUAUGUUAGAGUUUCCAAGGAAUGCAAGCAUCUCUUGUCCCGAAUAUUCGUAGCUGACCCGGAAAAGAGGAUAACCAUCCCAGAAAUUAAGAAGCACCCUUGGUUUCUAAAAGGCGCAAAGGUCGAAUUUGAACAAGUAGACAAGGAAACUAAUAAUAUGCAAGUGAAAAAUGCAGAAGAUUAUUGUUCUCAAAAUAUUGAAGAAGCUCUUUCUAUAAUACAAGAGGCCCGAAAACCGGGCGAUGGCCCAAAAUUGGACGCCCAUUUGUUUGAUGGGAGCAUGGAUCUCGAUGAAAUCGACACCGAUGCUGAUAUAGACGAUGAUGUUGAGACGAGCGGGGAUUUUGUUUGUUCUCUUUGA